UUUCAUUUCAAUACUUGAUAGUGUUACGUCGCCUACAGAAAAAGUAGAUUGCUGUAGCUGAUUAAAUUUUGAAUGUAUUAAGCACCAAAACCAUUUAGGGUUGUUUUUUCCGUACAUUUAAACAUUGAUUCAAUUGAAUUCGAUUUGAAUAAACUCUAAAUAAUUUAGAAAGAGUGCUUCUGUGCUACUAUGUGUCAUAUUUGCAAAUUUUGUAAAACCUUAAAAUUAGUUCUGUGUAACUGUGACAUUCGAAUAACGUGGCAAUAAAAGGUUAACAUAACAAAUAUGUGAAUUAGGGUAGCUACAUUUUUUAUUCAUCACUGUAGAAAAGGAUAGCAUCUGAAGGAUUACUGAAUAUAGUGAGUUUUUUCAUAGCAUGCACAUAAUCUGUUUUUGUACAUCUAAUAGAAAACAAGUGACGUGACAAAUUCCUUUGCGCUCCACACUCAUACGAGCAUACAUAGUUGUUCUAAAAUUGUGUAUAUACACACUUUGUAUACAGUGAGAGGUGACGAACGAGCAACAAACUACAUACCAUCGAUUCCGCAUAUUAAGCAACAUACCUGUAUUGUAUCUGCUUUUGUAUAUACUGAAAGGAAUUUCUCUAAAUAUUUAGAAAUGCCAAAUUCAUACUGAAUAACUGUAACAUGGAUUGGUCAACAGGAGAUCUGAUAUGGUUUGAUCCUGGCUUAGGACAUCCAUUACCAGGAGAGAUACUGGAAGUGCAUCGUGCUGCUCAAGUUAUUAUUGUGCAAGCCGUUAUUAAUGGCCAGCAUCAAACCUUUACUCUUGGUCCAAAUGAAGGAAGUCUUCGUCCACGCCAAGAUCUCGGCAAAACUGGAGUAGAGGAUAUGACGCAACUGGAAGAUCUACAUGAAGCGUCGCUACUCUGGAAUCUUAAGCUACGAUAUGACAAUGGGCUAAUCUAUACGUACGCUGGGAGUAUUCUUAUAGCAUUAAACCCAUACAAAAUGUUUGCAGACGCAUACUGUAUUGAAAUGGCUAAAAUGUACGCAGGUAAGCCUCUUGGUGCACUUCCUCCACAUUUAUUCGCGAUCGGCUCUGCUGCUCAUGCAUCUUUACCAUCGCCUCAAGUCGUAGUUAUCUCUGGCGAAUCUGGAUCAGGAAAAACGGAAUCAACGAAAUUAGUAAUGCAAUAUUUAGCAGCAGUCGUUCCUGGAGGAGGAUCUGCUUCUGCCGUUAUAACAGAACAAAUUCUGGAAGCAGCUCCACUACUUGAAGCUUUCGGCAAUGCCCGCACAGCAAGAAAUGACAACAGUUCACGUUUUGGAAAAUACUUGGAAGUAUUUUUUAAAUCAGGAGCAAUUAUUGGAGCAAAAAUAACUCAGUAUUUGUUAGAGAAGUCCAGAAUUGUCACACAGGCCCCUGGUGAACGCAAUUAUCAUGUGUUCUAUGAACUACUAGGAGGCCUUUCAGAAUCCGAACGAACAAAAUACGGUCUACUUGAUGCAGAAAAAUACUUUUAUUUGAACCAGGGUGGAUCUGAUUGCUCACCAGGGCGUGUCGAUUGGGAUUCUUUACAAGGUGCAAUGCAAGUACUCGGAGUAUCAGAGAACGAGCGGGAAGGUAUAGUCAAUGUUUUGGCUUCCGUUCUACACCUAGGAAAUGUGUAUUUCCACAGGAGACAAUUACGACAUGGCCAAGAGGGCGUAGAAAUAGGAUCUGAUGCUGAAAUUAAAUGGACAGCUCAUCUACUACAGAUACCGUCAGAAGGCAUUCUCCGUUCAUUGACAUCUCGUAUAACUGAAACACGAUCAGAACGCUUGUAUACUCCCCUUGGUAUUGAUCAAGCUUUGGAUGCCAGAGACGCUCUAGCCAAAGCACUUUAUUCCGGAUUAUUUAACUGGCUUGUUCUACGAAUAAAUUCAAUCGUACACAGAGGAGGAACAUAUGAUGCGCAUCGAAUUUCAAUACUUGAUAUAUUUGGAUUUGAAGAUCUUGCAGAAAAUUCGUUUGAGCAAUUGUGUAUCAAUUAUGCUAAUGAAAGCCUUCAACUGUACUUUAAUAAACAUGUAUUCAAAUUGGAGCAAGCGGAAUAUGCCAAAGAGCGACUCGAAUGGAACUCAUUGGAAUGGGAUGAUAAUCUACCUGUGAUUCAUCUAUUGGCCAAAAAACCAGUUGGAAUAUUUCACUUACUAGAUGAUGAAUCAAAUUUCCCGCGAGCCAACGAUUUGAGUUUCUUAGAAAAAUGUCAUUACAACCAUGCACUAAAUGAACUGUAUUCCAGACCACGUAUUGGUGCUCAAGAAUUCGGAAUAACACACUAUGCAGGGUUAAUUUGGUACUGUGUCGAAGGCUUUCUAGAGAAGAAUAGAGAUGCUUUAAAAAUGGAUGUUAUAGAAUUGUUGAACUCUAGCACCGAACCGCUUGUAGGAGAAAUGACUAAACAAUUAAAAGCACAGCGUGAUAUUGGAAAGACAUUACCACGUGGGACCAAUGGAAGAUUUGUAACGAUGAAACCUAGAACACCUACUGUAGCUGCAAGAUUCUCAGAUUCAUUGCAGCAACUGCUUCAAUCUAUGGCUAAAUGUAACCCAUGGUUCGUAAGAUGUGUUAAACCGAAUAGUGAAAAACAAGCAUUGCGUAUUGAUAUGCCUUGCGUUUUACAACAACUCAGAUACCUGGGUAUGCUUGAUACAAUCAAAAUAAGACAACGCGGAUAUCCCGUACGUCUUAGAUUCCAACAUUUUGUAGAACGAUAUAGACAUAUGCUCAAGACUCCACUUCCGCGGGGUACACCGUAUCGAGAACUUGGACGUUUUAUUCUAGAUUCCUUACCUAGCACAAACACAGAAGGACCUGAUUUUCAACUUGGUGCUACACGAGUAUUUUUGAGAGAAGCCUUGCAUCGCACGUUAGAAGCAAGUCGAUCGGAACGUUUACGCAUCGCUGCAAUUAUUAUACAAAAACAUGUUCGUGGAAUGUUAUCCCGAAAACGAAUAUACAGGCAAAGAAACGGUGCAGUAUCUAUUCAGAAGAAUUGGCGUGGAUAUCGCGAAAGGAAAAAGUACGUUGCACUUAAAAAAGCUGUUGUUAAAGCACAAUCGUUAUUCAGAGGUCGCGCUCAGAGAUUGCGUUAUGUCAAAUUCAAAACAGAACUGAGGCGGCGGAGGGAUAUGGAACAGCUUCAUAAGGAGCGGACAGCUCAAAAUUUAGCAAAAGAGCAGAUUGAGAGAAGUUCGUCAGCGUUGUUGGAUAUACCAGCAGAAUUAGUAUUUAUAUAUUCCAAAUCCGAAGAUUGGUUCGGUCAACAAAAUGAUCGUUAUUUGGUUAAAGUAGUAGGAACUGUUCCUGGUCCCCCUACUGCCUCAGACUUACCGCCUGAUUUAGACCAAUUCAGUUUUGGCAAAUUUAGUUCAGUAUACUGCAAUGGAAUAAAAAUAUCCUCAAGGCGAGAUGUGAUAACAACACCAUUUUUGUCCAGGGCUGCAGCUCGCGAUCAAGAUUUUAAAGAUGCAAUAGCAAUUUUCAAAUUAAUACUAAGAUUGACAAAUGAUUCUUCAAUUGAUCAAAACAAAGAAAAAAUUUUAGCUGAUUAUGUUGUACACAAAGGGUUGUCAUCAAGAGGAUUGAGGGAUGAAAUACUUGUUCAAAUUUGCAAUCAAGUAUACAAAGCAGAAGAAACCUCAGCAAAAAAGUUAUGGUUGCUAAUGUCACACUGUUUAUCUGCCUUUCAACCUGGGUCUGCAUUCAAUAAAUACCUCAUUAAAUUCAUAGUGGAUAAUGCACCCCAAAACACAAAAGAGCAACUGUUAAAGAAACUUUUGAGAAACGAUACUGGAAAUCAAGCAAAUCCAUGUCGUCUUUUUCCUCCAUCCUGGCUAGAAUGGAGGGCUUCAUCUAGACUAGCUGAUACUGCUCUUGGCCUUAUUUUACCUGAUGGUAUAAUGCAAACGGUUGCAGUUGAUUCUUGGACAACAUGUGAAGAAGCGGCAGCAUUGGCAAUUUCAUCACUUGGAAUUCCUAAUCUUGGUUGGACUGUUAUAAUUGAUGAGAGUGGUUUGAUAACAGAUUCAUGUGGCUUAGAUUUCGUGCUGGAUUUAGUUUCCGAGAAAGAACUUUGUCCUGCUUUCCCAGCAGUUCGAAGCGAUUUACUAAGAUGUGGCAAUAAAAACAGCCAAACUUCUUUUCUGGAUACAGAUUCAAAUCUUAAACGUCCGCAAGUGCCGCCCCCUGAACCACCAGCAACUAAGCGUAUAUCUGAUUUGCAAAUGGUUACUGCUUCUAUGGAUUUAUCCGUAAUUGAAGGAAAACUCGAAGGAGAUGAAAUAAAACCAGAGUACACAAGACACAUGGACACGCGAAAGAUGUCACAUGAUGUAAUUUCUCGUAACAAACCACUCAAUGAUAGAUACUUUGAAGUCGAAAAAUCCAGGUCGAGGUCGUUGGAUGAUUUAUUGGUUACCGAUUCGAGUGAAAUCAUGACAAUGGAUGAAUCGGAGCCUGCUAUAUCACUUAUGGUUCAUAGUAAAAACGACCAUUACAGAUCGAGCGAUGGUAUUGCACCACUUAAAGAAUCACAACCAAGAUAUGUCAAAUCCCAAUACGCCGGAAAGCGUUUAGCAGGAUCUCACUCCAAUAAGUACGUUGAUCGUUCAGAAAUGAGUAUUCGGUCAUCUGCUAUGUCCGACACUAGUGAAGCUCCAUCUUUAGCAAGCCACGUAAGACGUGUACGAGUACCUUCACAGGCAUCUGAUGUAGAUCAGUUUCUCGAUGACUUAUUCAGUCCGGUUCUAGAUGGUUCGUUAGACGAAUUAUCGGACGCCAGGUCACUCGCUGCUAGCAUAAGAGGUACAGAAGAGAAUAUCGAAAUAUAUUACACAACUAAUCAAUGUCUUGACGGAAUUUUACAUCCUAUUCGCAUAUGCAAAACUAUUGCCAUCAUGCAAAAUGACAAGAAGAUCUUAAAUCGAAUUAAGGGUGGAGGAACUGCUCAUCAAACAAAGAACAAUGUGCAGAAUGGAUUUUCACCAAACACGCCUAAUUUUAACUCAACACCCAUAGCUCCGAUCGCUCCAAUCAACCAAAAUUCUCUUUUAAUGAUGACUGCUUCAAAUCCUGAUGUUGUAGUGCCUGUUUUUAAUUUACCCUCGGGAGUUGAUCCUACUGUUUACCAACAACAGGUACAACGCGCAUUUCUUCAAUCAGCUAUGGCCCAAAAUAUUCAAAUACAGCAACAACUAAUUGCACAGAAUCAAGCACUUCAAACAUUACUGACUCAACAGGAUACACCAUCCUCACCUACAACUGUGUCCCCAAAGCACAUAGCCGCAGUAUCACCACAGUCAUCAAACCGCAAAUCCAGCGCGAAAAGCAAAUCUGAUUCUGCGACAACCUCUUUCUCUGAUCUUUUGAGAAGUCGCAAGGAUUCUUCAACGAGUAAUUUGAUACCACCACCGCCACCACCACCAUUACCUCCUCCGCUAGAAAUGAAAGACCCACUUGAAGUAAGACCAUUUCUGGAUCCUUAUGGUCGUGCAAAAACCGUAAGAAUAGGAAAGUGGAGAUGGCCUCCUCCACAAGGUACGGUAGGUGGGGAAGCCGAUGAAAACUUCAUUCAAUUUAAAAUGCGCCAUACCAAUCGAAAAACCACACCUCAAUCGCAAAUUAACAGCAAUUUUGAAUCACCGAUUGGUUCUCCUAACGGUAUUGAAUGGGAUGAAUUCGAAAUUGAUCAGCAAAGUGGAGACAACUCUAGUAGUGAUGUCAAUCAAAAAUCAACUCAAAUCAACCGUAGCGGAAAGCGAAGUUUCGACGUUGGAGCUGAUAGACCAUUACCAAGUAGUGUUGGAAAACUGAAAUUGAGUAAUGAAAUGCGACAGCGUCUUGAACAGGUAACCGCCGGACAUUCUGUGAGGUCAACAAGUACUCGUUCGGAUAGAACAGAACGUGUACCCAGCAAACUAGAAGAUACUCGUAGAAUGAUUUUAGAACAACAGUUGGGAGGCAUUGCACCAUUACAAAAUACUUCAAACCUACCAUCUGAUAUGCAGUCUGUAAAAACACAAGUUCAAAGAAUGGAGGCAUCUAAAAAGGCACCAUCUACAACAUGGCCCACGGUGCUACCACCAGCUCCAGCAGGACCAGCCCCUCCUCCACCCAUUAGACCACCAAGCGUAAUGCCACCAGCUCCACCUCCUCCAUUACACUCCAACAAUGGAAACUAUUCAGCACAUCAACAUUUAGGACUUCAAGAUAUUCCUUCGUUUGUUCAACGACAGGAACGAGAUACUUUCGGGGCAAAAGACCCAUAUGGUGACUCAUGGAGUCGUGCUGAGGCAGCAAAACUUGAACUAGUAUACGAAACAAGUUUUAAAAAAGAAGCAAUUCAACGCGAGAGGUCCAGGUCUCGCUCGAGAUCACGGGAUCGUGAGAAUUUCUCUGAAUCGGUUUGGGAUCGCUCAGAGGUCGAGGGUCCAUCCUCCACAAUAAGCGAGAGAGAAAACAAGGAACGCGAAAAACGCGAUCGGAAUUAUGAAAUGUCUCAAAUUCAACGCGAAAAAGAAAGCAAUAAAGUCUAUCAACCUUCCCUAGGAAAAGAACGAACUAAAACAAACAUAAACAACCGGCAAUCAAUUGCAACGUUUAAAACUCAUAUGGUUCAAAAAAGUGUUCAGGAAAAAGAACGUAAAUCAUCUGCCACUACUAUAACAUCUAUGAAUGAUGAUAUACUGAAUGGAACUGAAAUGAUGACACAUGAUCCUCCAGCUCCGAUUUUACCUGCUCCGCCAUCAUUGAAAACUCCUGCUUCAGCUUGUCUCACUUAUAACAAAGUAAUAUGGAAGCUCAAAGUUAGGAAAGAAGUAUUUCGGCCCAAUGAAACUGUUAAUACUCCAGCUGCUUUAGAUCUACUUUAUUCUCAAAUUUCGAAUGAUGUACUUGGAAUAACUCCAUGUCUCCGUAUAACACCCCAAGAAAGGAGGACAGCUUUGAACUUAUUAAAUAGUCAUGGAGUAUCAGGCGAGAACACUACAGGACAAGUUAGAGCGAUUGUAAAACGUCAUUUAUUAGAUAUGGCGCGAAGUUGGCCUCUGUACUUUUCACGAAUGUUUUUACUCAAUGGAUCACCUGCCAUUCCUGGAGGAACUAUUCUAGCGGUUUCUCAUACGGGUGUGUAUCUAGCCAGGAAAGAGCAAGAUUUCAUUGCAGUUCAUAAAUCAAUGCAAUUCAUUGAUAUUCAUAGCGUUACGACAUUACCACGACCAUCAACUAUUCAAAUAAAUUUGAAGAACGGAAAUCGCUUGGUACUCCACGCUCCAAAAGCAACCGCCAUACAAAGCAUGGUACAAUCAUUCUUAGCGGAAUACCGUCAGACUCAAUCAAAAGGAUCUACAAUAUCAUCCGGUGUAAGAGCGGCUGCUGCGACACUGAAUGUUCCGCUAGAACGUCUUGAAAUAUCUAACAACAAUCCAAUUUCCCCUAAUCAGAGCUCCCCCGCUGAGAGAGCGAAUCGAUUAUCGCACGUGGAAUUUGAAAGUAUUCUCGUUGAUGGCAAUUUACCACAACAGAAUGAUGUUUCCGUAUCACCAACUCUUCAGAACAACUAUGGACCCAACGUGCACUACAAAAACCCAGUAAGUCCAACGGAACAUAGCCACAUUCCUAAUAAUUACAUCAUACAACAUGAGGAAUCAUCGCCGACUCAAACGUCACUUACGAAGUACUCACUGCUACAGUUUGCAAUGCAGCAUUUCAGAAAUGACGAAGAUGAAUUCAAAACAGGGAAAAACGACAAUCGAUCAAAUCCACGAAAUCCACAUGCCGAUUUAGUAAAAUGGCAAGGACAACCACUUAAGGUACCACUACUCCGACUUCCACCAGAUUUGGCUCCAUUAGCACUAGAGUGUUUUGAGUGCAUUCUUCGAUACUGCGGAGAUUUAAGUCCCGAUCCAGAACUGACAGAAGUAAAAUGCGUCUACACCGCCUUGAUGCACUGUCACAAGCAUCUGGCGUUACGCGAUGAGGUUUAUUGUCAAUUGAUAAAACAAACAACAGCCAAUCGUUCAUCCUGUCCUGAGUCAUCCCAAAGAGCAUGGCGAUUACUAAGCAUUUUAGCAGCAUAUUUUGGCUGUUCUGAUGCUUUGCGCCCUUAUUUGAUAGAACACCUUACCUCAGCGGCGUCCGACCGUCGAAGACCAUGUCAUGGAACUGCCGCUGUUUGCCUUACCAAUCUUCGUAAAACAGCCCGCUGUGGAGGACGGAAAAAUGUUCCCAGUGUCGAGGAAGUUACUGCAGUGUCUGCUGGACGUUCUGCAAGGAGACAGAUAUAUCGAUUACCAGGAGGAGCAGAACGUAUAGUAAACACUCGCUGUUCUACCGUUGUUGGAGAUGUAAUUACUGAAUUGUGCUCACUUUUGGGAAUAGAAAUUCCGGCAGAACAACAAGAGUUCUCAUUAUAUUGUAUUGUUCAAGGAGAUGCAUUUACGAUGCCACUGGCGGCCGAUGAAUAUAUACUAGAUGUAACAACUGAACUACUCAAAUCGGGACAACCAUUUUAUCUUAUUUUUUGUCGUUCCGUGUGGCAUUUCUCUCUUAAACGUGAUCCAGCACCAACUCCUUUAUAUGUAGAAGUCCUAUUUAACCAAGUAGCUCCAGAUUACUUAGAAGGAUUGCUUUUGGAAUUGCCAAAUGGAGGAGCUCCAACUCCAGAUUUUGUUCGUGACAUGGCUAGGAUUGCAGCUAUAUUACACAGAGCAGCCGAUUUGAACCAUUUACCAGCGAUGAAAGAGAUAAAAUUUCUUUUGCCCAAACCAGCACUAUCUCUUCGGGAACUUAGGCCUGCUCAGUGGGUAGCAUUAGUACAAUCUGCAUGGCCUACUAUUGCUGGAUUGAGUCCCAUACAAGUAAAAGCACAAUUCUUAAAUGUGUUAUCUACAUGGCCGCUGUUUGGAAGUAGUUUCUUUGCUGUAAAACGUGUAUGGUCUGAAGAAAACCCAGCAGACGAGAUCAGUCCUAUGUGCAGAGAGUUGAUACUAGCUCUCAAUAGGCGGGGAGUGCUAUUUUUGGAACCAAACACACAUGAGACAAUGCAACACUGGCCAUUUAACGAAGUUAUUUCCACUAGGAAGGUUCGGUCUGAGGAUGGUGCGCUCUUCCUGGAUAUGAAGGUAGGAAAUCUUCUUCAACAGCGGGUCAUCAGAGUUCAAACGGAACAAGCUCAUGAAAUAUCAAGACUUGUACGACAAUACAUCACCAUGGCGCAGAUACAACUAAGAGAUCGUAGAGAAUAAUUUUACCAAUACAGCACAUAAAUACAAUAUGAUAAUAAAUACAACAAAGAUUGAAUAUACAUAAUUAUAUAGCUGAUAAGUUUUAUUUAUGGGUAUAAUAUUUUUUGUAGAACUCAAAUAGUUAUUAGCCGUCUUAGCACAUCUAACACCAAUAUAUUUGAAAUGUAUUCAGGUUUA